UCGAGAAAGAAACGAAUAUAUAUAUAUAUAUAUUAUUAUAUACAAAAAAUAUACAGUAUAUAGAUAAAUAGCGCGCCUGCAAAAAUCAAAAGCAUUUGGCACAAAAAAGCAAAACAGAAAAAGCAAAAAUCGAUUCCUCCAACGGUGGAAUUAAUCGCCGGAGAUUGGCUGAAUGGUGAUUCAGCCUCAAUCUCCGAUUGCUUAUUUUCCGGUUAAAUCAUCGUCUCCAAUUAAACAAGAAGAAAUGAAUAAAGACAAUAACAGCGAGAUUGAUUAUUCUCCGUCGUCGCCGUCGUCGUCUUUACGACGUAGAACAGGCGGAUCCAGGACGGCAACGGAAAGACGGAGAAGUAACGUCAGGAUGGAGAAGUCAUCGUCGUUUAUAAGCAGGUCGAGCAGAGAGAUAGGACAUGCUGCUUCUGAAACCUUUUUGCUUACUCGCCUUGCCUUUAUUCUCUUACGUUAUCUCGGGGUAGGCUGGCGGUGGAUGUCAAAGGUUCUUGCCCUGGGUCUGUAUGCAAUGUUACUACUACCUGGUUUUCUCCAAGUUUUAUAUCAAUAUAUCUUUUCAACCCAAAUUCUGAGAGGUAUAGUUUAUGGAGAUCAGCCUAGAAAUAAGCUGGAUCUAUACUUGCCCAAAAAUAUAGAUAGUCCAAAGCCAGUUAUGAUAUUUGUGACUGGUGGAGCAUGGAUCAUAGGAUAUAGAGGAUGGGGUUCCCUUUUAGGAUUUCAAUUAGCGGAAAGAGAUAUCAUCGUUACAUGCCUUGAUUAUAGGAACUUUCCCCAGGGCACAAUCAGCGAUAUGGCUGAAGAUGUUUCUCAAGGAAUUUCAUUUGUGUGCGAUAAUAUAGCCGAUUAUGGAGGUGAUCCCAAUAGGAUAUAUCUAAUGGGGCAAUCUGCUGGUGCCCAUAUAGCUUCUUGUGCACUCUUGAAGCAGGCUAUCAAAGAAUCUAAUGGAGAGGCCACCUCAUGGAAGCUGUCUCAGAUAAAAGCUUAUUUUGGUUUAUCUGGAGGGUACAACUUAACCAACCUGGUUGACCAUUUUGACCGACGGGGUCUCUAUCGCUCUAUUUUUCUAAGUGUAAUGGAGGGUGAGGAAUCCCUGCAACAGUUUUCUCCUGAACUUCUUAUCGAAGAUUCAAGUGCGAGAAAUGCCGUUCCUCUCCUGCCUCAUAUUGUUCUUUUUCAUGGAACUGAAGAUGUUUCUCUACCACCAGACGCAAGUAUUAAAUUUGUAGACGCUCUCAAGAGAGUCGGGGCUCGAGCUGAGCUAAAACUAUACGAUGGAAAAACUCAUACUGAUUUGUUUGUUCAAGAUGCUCUAAGAGGAGGCAGAGAAGAGCUAUACGAGUAUAUAGUUGGAUAUUUACAUGCUGGUGAUAUGGAAGCACUUGCCAAUGAUGCUGCCGCUCCUCCAAGAAAACGCCUUUGUCCAGAACCAUUGAUCAAGUUAGCUAGUAUAGUGAGCCCUUUUUAAGCAUUCCCAAUGUAUUGAUGCACAAGACGGUCGGGCUGACCAAAGGGAUCAAUCUUUUACACCGAUGUAUCGUACUCUCUCGACCAGGUCAUCAUAAGAAAAGACUGCAAAAUCUUUCCGAAGUGUUAUAAAGAGGGAAGGCGCGCUACAACUAACAUAAUAAGUUUUCAGGACAGAGUGUUACUGGUUUGCUUUACAUUUUGUACUUCAGCUUAUUUAUUUUGUCUCUUUGAUGGUGAUGACCGUAAAAUUGGUCAGCCCAAAUUAUGUGACUAAUGUACAAUACCAUGCAAUCGUCUUGAAUUGGACAUGAUAUUAGAUAAUCUGAUUGUUAACAUGAUUUUGAGUAACAAAUUGUAUUUGUAUUUACUUUAAGAAACAGAGAUUUAGUACCCGGGUUGACGGGGACAAUAUGCAAUUAGUUGGUGCUUUCGUGUGUUUUCGUUUUAAA